AUGGACGUGGCUGGAGAGACCGGGGCCGAUAGUGAAGCCCCCACAUGCAGCUGGGUCUGGGGAGUGAGAUCUCGCCUCGUGCCUCAGCAGCAGAACCUCCAUAAAGUUGGACCCUCAUCAAUCACACCCUCCCUGACUCUCUCCUCAGCCUCCCUAACUCUCUCCUCAGCCCUCCAUGACUCCCCCCUCAGCCUCCCUGACUCUCUCCUCAGCCCUCCCUUACUCUCUCCUCAGCCCUCCAUGACUCCCCCCUCAGCCUCCCUGACUACUCCUCAGCCCUCUCUGACUCUCUCCUCAGCCCUCCCUGACUCUCUCCUCAGCCCUCCCUUACUCUCUCCUCAGCCCUCCAUGACUCCCCCCUCAGCCUCCCUGACUACUCCUCAGCCCUCUCUGACUCUCUCCUCAGCCCUCCCUGACUCUCUCCUCAGCCCUCCCUUACUCUCUCCUCAGCCCUCCCUGACUACUCCUCAGCCCUCUCUGACUCUCUCCUCAGCCCUCCCUGACUCUCUCCUCAGCCCUCCCUGA